AUGUGGAGACAGCCUAACGAGAUUUUCAUGGUCACGUUUCUCCUAAUUCUAAUUUUUUCACCAGGUGAGUGAGGGUUACAUAUUUUGACUUUUAAACCCGAAUUUCAAUAGAAAUGUCACCUGAAAAAUAUUAUUAUAGUGAUUUCCUUAAGUUUCCCAAGAGGAAAUGUGUAUUUGGUCUGAAGACCUGUUGCUCGUGCUGGUUUUUAUUCAAAUUCAAACCUUAGCCUAUAACAAGAGACAAUUGCUAUUUUUAGUAUUUAAUUGCCUAAAGUUGAUCGAAGGAGCUCUAAUUUCUGCCGGCAUAAUUUGCUUAACUGAAAACUUGUAGUAAAUUGAAACUGAGUAACGUUUUUGGGCACCAAACUACAUUUUAAAAUCAGAUUUUUAAAAAUGGUUCCGUCCUUUCUUUCAUGGAUUCCAUGUCAAACCUGUUGGAAACAGUACGUUCGCUGCAGUGCAUAGAGACAUAAAGUUUAAAAUCAAGACAACUUCCUUGCUGAACAUAAAAAUAUUGCAUGUCUAUUCCAAAUCAUUUUUCAAGAGUCGUAAAAUGAAAAUAGGGUUAGAGAAGACCUCACAGUGCCCGUUUAAGUGCUGUCGGUAAGAUGAGAGCGUUAGUAACUCGACAUUCAAUUCAUAAACUUGCUUUAUGUCCGAUGAUUCAUCUAUAUCGAUGUCACACUGUGACCUUGGCUAUAACUACUCCAUACAAUAAGUACUUUAGAAGUAAGGCGAGGUACUGAAAUAAAAUGGAAAUGAGAGGCAAAAAGACGAGCUUCCAAAGAGCGCACAGUGUAAGGAGUGUGCAUAAGUUUGAGAACCAAAGUUUCCGAAUGGUCUGCUGAAAAUAUCUCCAAUCAGUAUUUAAAAAAUUAUGUUGUGAUUUUUAAAAGUAUGUUUUUCAGUCUGGAAUUCUGUCACGAAAAUGCUUUUUAAACUCAUCUUCAACCAGCAUCGUUUGAGUGGGAGCUUGAAGCUCUUAGCUAAACAUACCCCUCUUCUUUCGAUUACUGCCUUGUUAGUUUAAUCAAGCAAAGUGCUUUCGAUUACAGUUUAAAUUGUUCCGGUAACUGCAAAAGUAAAGUCUAAACUUCUUGGGUUUUUUUUUUGCACUUAACUCUAACUUACUGAACUGAACAUUUUUUACUACAAUGUUUAUUUGCAGUAACUCCGUUUGCACUUCAACGCUUCAACUGUCCAAAAAGCUACACAUUUCCAAACGCUCGUCUUCGAGGUGGUCUCCAAGCUGGUAAGUUUAAAAGACUAGGUCCUCCAGAUGAUACCGAGCUUUGUGUUCAGCGGUGCUGUGAUCAGAGGUCAUGCGACCUAGUUGCGUGGAUUGGUGAACACUGUUACUCAGUGUCUUGUUUCACCCGUGAAUUAUGUACACCAGUGAGGUUAGCAAGUUACAACAAAGGCAUGAGGCUCUUGUAUAUCGCAUCGAGAGAAGACGCCGAAAACGAAGGUAUAUAAGUCUCUUAUUUUAGCCAACAAAGCUCUUUUUUUCUUAAAUGAGUGUAUAAAGAAAUCUCAAAUUAGAAACGUUUUAAAUUAGGUGUUCUGUGAUUGGUCCACGAAACACUCCUUACUCUUUCUGGGCUACUGAAAUAAAGCCAAUUGCAGCAUUGAAUGAAAGAGGAAACUGUAGAACGCUACUUCAUGAUAAGGAAAAAAAAAUCUCAGGCAAGACUUAAUGGAGGCAAAACAUUUUUUGUUCUGUUUUCCUAUGAACGCUGCAAAUAUAAAUCAUAUUCUAGCUUCACAGCUUGGUCAAUUUAAUAGUUUGUUUAGAGGUUUGUAUUAAUUAGAAAUUUUAAACCUCCACAAGAGAACCUAAUUUUAUGAUUUAAAUGCCAAUCUAUUUUGACCUCUUUGAAAUCCAAGUUCACACUGAAGCAUUAAAAGGCGGUUUCGGAUAAAUUUACCAUGCAUUCUAUGUUUCAGCAGAGCUGUUAGUCUCAUACGUUAUAGCCAUUAAUCAUGUGACGGUAAGGGAAUGAGCUCGUGCAGGUUCGAUUACUUAACCUAGAAAGCUGUCCAUGACCGUACUCAAUGAGAGCGUUUCAUUAUGAUCUCCAUAAAAGGCUAGAUGCUAUCACAAAGACCUUUUUUCAUUUUCAGUUGAACCCAAUCGAAGAGAAGUCAAUGAUAUUUUCCACUCGUCACAAAGUGAUACUCGCUCAUUCAACGUUUCGAAGAAGACAACGUUGAGUGAGGAUGGAGACCUAGCAGUUAAGAAGUCCACUACCGAAGAUAGAAGAAUUAUUCGCUCGUUGGAGGAGAUUGAAGACGAAGAACAUUCUGGUUCCAUUGAAAAGAAUGGUAUCAACGAAAGUGCCAACAACAGCCACGAAAGUAUAUUGUUCAGCGGAAAUUUUUAUGAACGCGGCUCAGAAAGUAUGAACUUCAAAAUGGAACAGCCCUCUGGCGGGGAGGACUGGGAAGGAGGCCUACUUAAUGAGUCAGGAACCGAGCAGGACGAUGACGUCACUGAUGACAUAAUUCAGACACAAACUCACCCAGUGACUGCGGUGAAAAGAACAGAAAUGGCGUCUGUGGUCAGUCCCAGCGAUAUAGAAGAAUUCGAAUCCAGUUCGCAGUCCGGUAGCGGAGAAAGCCUACUAGAUGACAGAAUAGAAGAGGAAUUGAGACAAGAAGGAGGGGAAGAUUCCUCCGCUGAUUUUAGUUCUUUAGGUUCGGCAUUCAUUCUUGACGAAAAGCAUGCAGACGGGUCUGGUAAAAUAAACAGAACGAUCAUGCGAGAGGUUCAAAGUAAUUUGCGUAAGGUGUGGCGCUAUGCUGCGGCCGGUAAGAGCCUCGGAAUGAUGUCCAAGGGACCAAAGAGUAAGGAGCAGGAGCAAAAGGCCCAAGAGAUUUAUAACUUGGUGAUAAAACAUGAAUCUGAGUUUGUCAAUCAGCACAGAAUGAAGCCAAAGGAAUCCGUAAAGGGUGAGAGUGGUGCAUCAGGCUCGGAAGACGCUGAUCUGCACAAGGCACGUGAUGAUUCAUGGGGUGGAGGAGAGGAUGAUUCAGAUGAAAAACAUGAAUCAGGAUCUGGUAUUUUACGCGAAAGUGAAGAGGAAGCACUGGUAGAGUCGGUGGAAAACGACAUCUCUGGAGAGAGUAGUGGACUGUCGGAUUCUUCGAAGUUGCCCAGUGACAGUGGCAGUGGUUCAGGAAUCAAAAUUAAUAGAAAACUGUUGAAAGAAGUUGAGCAAAACUUGCACAAAGUUUGGAGAUAUGCAGCUCCUAAAAAGGACUUAGACAUGGUCGCUAAAGGACCCAAAGGAGAGGAAGAGUUAGAGAAAGUGAAAAAGAUUUACAAUAUGAUCAGUAAACAUGAGUCUGGCUCAGCAUUUAUAGAUUAUGAGAUGCGAAAGAAAGGAAAACCUUUGAAUGAUGGUAGGAAAACACCAGGGAGUCAUCGAAGGCAUAAAAGCCGCAAAAGUAGGGUUAAGAUAAUAGGAACAGGACACAAUGGCACUGAAUCAAAGCUUUAUACACUACAGAAAGCAAGGAAAUAUCGGUAUAACCAGGACUUGAAAAAUCUAAAACCCUGGGGCGUGGGAAUGGAAAAGUCUGGGCAUAAACCCAGUGGGAUGUAUACAAAGAAAAUCGGUCGGAAAGACAAGGCCGCUAGGAACAAACAGAAUGCCCUAACUAUCCUUCGACAAGAAAUGAAAGAUUUAGCCGAAAAUUUAAACGAAAACUCUGGUCCCAAGAAGUAUAACGACACUUCUAAAGUGCCUAAGCUUGCUAACUCGAAGUCGGAUGGAGGUAAGAGUGUAGGAGACAGUCAUGAAGCUAAAUUAAAGCAUGCAACGAGCAGCGCGGGAGAUAAUUCUUUAAAAUUUAAUGAACACAAACAUGUAUCACUUGAUAAGACACAGCUAGAAAUCGGUAAAACGUUAGAGGAGCUGAUUUUGACCAGAAUGGCCCAGCUGCAAAGUCAAAGGAAACACAAAAAGAGAAAGGGAAAACAAGAGCAUUUAAAGGAUAAACACAAGAAUGAGGAAAAAGCAGAAAUGGUAAAGGAAGCUUCAAAGGGUAAGUGCAGCGUCCUCGGAGUUAAGUGGAAUCUACUCAUAUCAUAUUUUCAGUCCAGAAACCAGAAAAAAAAUUACGAUGGAAUCUGAAAGCGAUCUUCGCAGUAAUGAAAACGACUUAUGCUGCAGUAAAAGUAAGGCCUCAAAAGGAUUCAGGCCUGUACGGGACUUGAACUCAUGAUCACUGAUACCGGUGCAAUGCACUACCAACUGAGCUAACAAGCCAACUGGGAGCUGAUUGGUUCGUAAUAAAACCGUGGAGAGAAGAGUCAAUGACUAUGAAUAUAUCAAAAUCAUAAUGCAUAGAUGUGAAUUGCGGUUUACGAAAUGAACAUAUAAGCGAUCUUCGCAGUACACUACUUAAGUAGUAUUACAAAAAAAGGUAUGAAAAUAAUUCAGGCCUGAAAGGGAUUUGAACCCAUGACCUCUGCGAUACCGGUGCAGUGCUCUACCAAAACGAUUUUUUAAACCGCAGUUCACAUAUAUGAUUUUCAUGUAUUGACAUUCGUUGGAAACUGAAGGAAUAUAUUCUGAAUUACCUUGCUUUGAAAAAAUUUUGAUUCAUAUACAUUCAUAACAAGCCGUAAUCAAGCGAGUUGAACAAAGGUCACGAAUCGUGAAAGUGCAUGCGGUGGUACGCGCAAGCUUUCUUAUUCAUGCGUGUCGUUUCAAACACUUGCAUCGAGUUAUCAGAAAGCCUUACUAUUAUUUUGUUAUUUAUUAUUUAGAAACGCAGGUUAUUUUUUUUUUGAACCCAUGUAGAUUUUUAUGGCUGCCAUACGGAGAUUUUCUUCCACUUUAUAACUCUAAUGCCUGUUGCAAUUUUUUUUCUUUCCUUACAGUAAAGCCACAGCCUAACAAGGACAAACUUCUCAAAGAACUGGAGAAGCUUAAGUUUUUAAACGGACCUUCGACUGUUUAUAACGAAAGUAGGUUUGUGUAUCUCAAACAGUGUGGACUGUACGUGGAGGAAUAUAAUGUAUCAAAGGUACGUAGGGGCAUGUAAAAUACAUUUAUCAUUAGGCCACCUCAGCACCAUGAGGAUCAAACAAACAAGUAUUCCUUGAAAAGCUAGGCUUUCAAGAGUACUUUAACCCAAUCUGUCCCAGAGAAUUUGAGGAAAAUAGACUCUCGCUUAAAGGUGUCUUAUUGUGCAAAACGGUUAAUGGUGGUUUUGCCCAAUUAAAAGGUUUCCCCCUACCGCCAAUAUGGUUUAUUCAGACCUAAAAAAAGUGUAGCAGAGAAAAUCGUAGUCUGAAAAAUUACAAACCGCGUUUCAUAUCUUUUCUCAGACACGUGCUUCUUGGAACAAUGAUCUGUUUUCACCAUAUUCGUACCUGUAUGAGAUGCCAAAGAAUUAUCACACGUGUAAUUCUUCCCUGUGGAUGAAUAGCACAGAUCUGCGUGGAGAUGUUUUUUUGAGCUUCCGGGUCAUGUCAAUAAAAGGAAGUACUAUGACUAAUAAUGCCAAUAUCUGUGAGAAAUACUGCUGCCAGGAGCCGCGUUGCCAGUCCUGGACACUAAGAUUCCAGAAAGCAAGCACAGCUAAUUGUCCCAAAGGUUAGUGCAGUUCCUUCAAAUCAUAAUUUCUUGUCUGGAAAAAUAAUAAUAAUAAAAUGUUUGGUGUUUCGUGCAGUUUUAACACUUUAACCCCAAAACAGUGGCUAGUAUCUAAUUUCUUCUUAUGAUGUCACCCCUGAAUCAAACAUAAACUUAAUUUUAACGACCUUUCAUCAUUUGUCAACCAGGAUCUUUUUGCUGCUGGCUGAAAAGUGCCAUACCAACACCCAUCCGGGACCAGGAACACUGUACAUCCGGAAUUGUGCACCGCGAGAGCACAAGACAUCCGCCGUCUGGCAUGCGAUCAGCGGUUCCUCUAGGAGGACUGGGCACGGGCUCGUUUGAGUUACGCGCAGACGGAACGAUUCACGAAUGGACGCUCGAGAACCAGUCUCCCGGAGGUUCAGCUAAAUUGAACAAGGGAGCGCUAAAUUUGGCAGUGUUUGGAGUAAGAGUGUCAGAAGUGAAUAAAGAUAAGAGCAAGGCAGCGCUGCUGAGAAUCCAUGCUCCCCAUGGGUACCCUGGAGUGGACAGGUUGUCAUACUCUGGAUCUUACCCAGUCAGUAAAUUAACCCCCGGUGAGUAGAAUAUUUACGUUUUUUUCGUUCUUCAUGUCUCUUUUCUCCGCCUUAAGUUGUAACUCACGUCGAGGAGGACAUUUGCAAAUCAGUUAACAAGAUUCAAGGAGAACUCUUGGAACAAAAAACAUCUGUUACUGCAAGAUCUCUUGAUCAUUGCCAUGCUUUCUGAGUCACGAACACUGCUUAUUUUGCUUGUCUUAUACACAGGUGGUUCAAUAACAGAGAACGUUGACAUGAGUCUAUACGCCUUUUCAUCAUUUCAUGUGAGACACCGUUACAAGUCUGCGGUCCCAGCAGUUGCCUUUACUUUAGGCAUGCGGAAUAAGGCUGACAGACCUUUGAAUGUGUCGUUCAUGUUUAACUUGCCGUUAGGACAACAGGAGGAUACAAUUCGUGUCGGAGAUAAUUAUGGCGAAGUUGUAUUCACUAGGUAUGUAAUUGAGCGCUGGUCUCAGUUGUCGUGGAAGUUUUUUCCUGAUAGUCAUUCACUCAGUUUCUUUCUUACUAAUCUAUCCUCCCGAGAAGUCUUCCAGCUUAGAGGCCUGUAGCUGCGAGUGCUUUUUCUCGUUUUGAAAUCCAGCGCCCUGAUCACCAGGUCACCUCCUUUCCCGUAAGCUGAGUUAACCUCACCUAAUUGUAACUAGCGAUGACACUAAUCAGACGUAAUUGCUGCUUUAUUAAAGAUGGACAGGUGAUGUGAGAUUAUUGCUGGUAGCUUUCUAACCCAUUUGAUCUAUCAGUGUUGUCCUCUUACUAGAAUGACAAUGAAAGGAACCAUUGUUUUCAAAAAAAGAGUCAAGAUCAAUUCAUACUUUCUUCCUCAUUCCAGAAUGAUAAAACCUUCGGACUGUGCGCACGCGUGUUCAAAGAUGCCCAAAUGUAUGUCAUGGACAACCAAUGGACCUACAUCGUGUCUGUUGAAGGACAAAAUGCCCCUUCACGCCUGGGCCACCGGCAUCGUAUCAGGCCUGAAGGGAGAAUGGUCUGUGAAAGACUCCAUGUUGACUUGCCACAGGCCUGGGUUUUUCCCUCAGAGCGGUAGCACAACACUAUAUGCAGUUGACGAUGAAGAUAGUUCGGGAUCUUUUGCCGUGGCUGACGACUUUGGAGACAUUUGGAAAAAUUUCUCAAACACAGGUGAGUACAUCACAGUGCUGUAUUCUAUGUGUGACGUAUAGGUAGUAACUAAAAUUUUGCGAAAAAUUAUAGAACCUUUGUACCCAGGUCGAGUUCGUGCUGGUUGUGGUUUGUGUUUACAUUUUCUGUAUUUGCUCUUUCGUAAAAGAUUCUGUGGUCGCUUUCAUUACAAAGUGGAUCAAUUCCAUUUCUUCCAAUGAUUAGCGCUCUCUAAUCUAUAUCGAAAGUUAUUAUUGUUUCCUUCUGUUUCCAGGAAAAAUUGGCACUACAGAAUCUCUAAAUAACACUGGGCUUUAUGGUGCAGCGUCUGUGAUGACACAGCUCCAGCCGGGAGAGAAGAAAUCUUUGACCUUAAUUUUGUCGUGGUAUUAUCCCAACCGUGAUGUGGCCAAAGUUCACGUCGGUAAUCUAUACUCGGCCUUGUUCAAAUCCAGCCAGGAUGUGGCAAACCACAUGCGCAAGGAUCUGCUCCAGUCGGUAAUGGAUAUUCGUUCGUGGCAUGAACCGAUCGUCGGGUCUACACCUGCAAGAAAGGAGCCAAUCAAUGACAAGGUUAAGCAUAUACCCAAAGGUCCGGACGAGAACAGAGUCAAUGAACUUCCUGAUUGGCUAAAAGAUUUGCUCGUCAAUAGUAUGAGCUUCUGGAGGUCUGGAUUCUGGGCCGAAGAUGGAAGAUGGCGACAGUGGGAAGCUUUUGACUGUAAUGAUAUCGACACCAUUCAAAAUGACAUGCAGAGAAUUAUUCCUUACACUCUCUUCUUCCCAGGUAUUUUAACCGUCAAUUGCGUUUUUCGCUAUCUCUCUAAUUUAAAAUUAAUUUACAUAAUUUUGAGAUUAUCGUUAUAAUUAUUUUAUGUUUUGUUAUACUAUGCAGAAUUAGUGCGUGAACUUCUGACGGCUUGGGCCGACAAUCAAUACUCAAGUGGUAUGCUACAAGAGGCGCUUACUUCCGGUUGUCUGGGACCAACAGGGAAGCUGGGUAAUGCUGCUAAAUGACUCGCAUUGUCACAAUAUAAUACUCCUUAAAAUUAAAACUGCUUUACGGGUAUAGGUUAGAGAGAAGAGUCUUACUCAUAGAAAUAAUCUAAGACUGAUCAUUUUUUAGAUAGGAAGUAGAUGAAUAUGCAUAUCCACCCCAGUUCAAAGAUUCCUUCAAUUCUUUUGCCCUGUAGAUUACUCCGGCGGCCGAGUGAUGGCGGACACAACAGCUAUGUUUGUGGUUGGACUUUACCACUAUUUCCAAUGGACUGGGGACCAGGCUACUCUCGACCGACUUUGGCCAGCGGCUAAAAGAGCAAUGGCCUGGGUCAUGGUGGAUUCCACUAAAGGUUUACUUAAUUGCACUCAUACAUGCAUAGCUGUAGCAGUAUUAUAUAUUUCUGCAUAUAUCGGUGUUUGCAUUUAAAAUUACUGAACGAACACACUAAAUGAUAUAAAGGCAGCUUAUCAACUUGCUCUGAAUAUAUCUUUCAUCCCUGAUUUUUAAAAGAAAAUUGAUUCAGUUAUACUUAAAGAACUAUUUCCCGCAUCACGUAAGAUGUAAAUUGUUACCUCAAGUUUUAUAGACUUUUAGAGCGCAUUUCGAUCGGAAUCGCAUUAUGGAAACCAAAGUGAUCACAACAAGCAAUGUAAAGAGAUUUAAGCAAUGUAAAGAGAGCAAAGGCGAUGCAAGCUCGGGUUAGAUUUAGACAGUCAUUUGAAAAACUUCUAAAUAAUUCUCCUAUUUACUCCUAGGUACUGGCCUUCCUUUUAGGAAAGUUAGCACGUACGACAUCGUAGCACUUGACAAAUAUGACCACGACGCCUACAACUCUUUUGUGUAUCUCUUGGCCUUGAGAGCCGCGCAAGAAAUGGGAACGAUAAAAAACGAUACCAAGUUUACUUCGAGCAUCCAUCGUGCUUUUAAUCAAGCGCAGAAACGCAUCGACGUUGAACUGUGGGACGAAAAUAAGCAGUAUUACCAUGCCUGGUGGGACAUGGAAUAUGGCUCUCCUGAGUGGAUCAUGUCAGAUUCCUUGUAUGGUCAAGUCUGGGCUUACUCUCUUGGUCUUGGGGAUCUGGUACCUCGUAGUAAACUGAAAGAACAUUUGUUAAGCGAAGUUGAGAGAAAUGAUUCCCCUUUUGGUCUGAAGGUUUUGAACACAGGUGAAACAGAAAUCACACAGGAGGACACAUCAAUCAUUUUAAGCCACCAUGUUCCCGGAUGUAAAUCGUUAGAGAAUAUAACGAAGCAUAAUUCAGUUUGGAUGGGUGCAGACGCCGACUGGUCCUCUCUUAUGCUGCAUCUAGGUGAGUUAAACGGAAAUACUCGAAAUUUAUUACUAGCCUUUCUUCACUUUAAUUUUAAUGAAGGAUCACAAAACUUGUAUGGUAGUCUCACCCGCAAGGUACUGAUUGCCGGAUAAGGAGUCUCAUCACAGGAGUCACGGUAAUGUCAUGGAAUGCACCUUGGAUUACAAAUCGAGACUUCCAAGUGUCAGUUCCAGGUCCCGGCUAGGUUAUUUUUUUCAAACAAUCUCAGCAAAUUGUGUAUGAAGUGAGCACCCACAGGACCCAUGCUGGUGUCCGCUAAACCCUUUCACUCCGGUCCCAAGAUCUAGAAAGCAUUUCUCCUGAUAUUUCCUGAUAUUGCUAGGAUAGAUAUUUUCCUUACUUUGAUGAACUGAAAUAUCACACUUAGGAAAAGAUAAGAGAUAAAGCCCAUUACCAAUAUCCAAUUCAUUUUACAGACACAGACCCCAUAAUUGCGCUAAACCGCGCCAAAAAAUCGCUCGAUCAUUGGCGCUCAACGCUCAAUGAUCAAUGGAAUAUUCAUGGCCUCAUUUCAAGCAGUGGUUAUGGACUUGACGGGCUGCCUUGGGCCACUUCUCACUAUUCUUUCCACAUGGUUCUAUGGCAUAUACCUCUCGCAGUGUCAGGCCAGCAGUACUUUGCUCCCAAUGCAUCACUGACUUUCUGGCCCAAGUUUCCAAUUCCGUUUAGUUUACCUUUCUUCACGCCCAGAGCGUCGGGGAUAAUUGAGGGAGCAUACGUUAAGGGAAAUGACAGAGAAGAAGAAGACAGUGAAGAGGAAGAAAUGUUUACGUUUACUGUCAAAUCAGGUAAAAAACCAAUUUUCGAUGACGAGGCCUGUGGUCUGCUUGGCUAGUUCCACAGUUUACUUGAAGUCGUAUCGGCUGCCGUUUCAUAUAGACUGUCACUGAAGUUAUUUCUUUUACGCUUUGAAAUUUAUGUAAUCGUCACCUAUAACCGAUUUAAAAUUUCUGCAAAGUUUUCCCAAAUUUGCGGGAAAAGGCUUCGAAGAAAUCUAACGGUAGCUACGAGUUUAAAAAUGAUACCGGUACAAAAAGUGGUAGUUUCCUUCGCAGUCGUUUUUACCUCUCUAAGUACGUGUACGACAAGCCGAAAGAAAAAAACGGAAACUGAGAUUUAAAGCGACUUGAUUAGGAUUCUGAUUGGUACAAACAGACAUUUACGGAGGAAGUUCAUACUACCAUUUCAUCUAUGUAUUCCAUUUUGUUGUGGGUCUGGUCAGGCAUAGAUUUGGCGCGGAAGACACCAAAAUACAGAUAGCGGAGAAUGUACCACUUAGUAUCAUAGCACAUAUUCAGGUCUGGUUGUUGUCCUUAUCUUCUUCAGGUGAGAUUACCCUAAAAGAACUCUCAAUCCUGGGAAGCAGGUAUGGAGAGGGUGAAAUAUCAAUCAAGCAAGGAGAAACAGUCAGGUGGUCACGGCCAAAGCAAGAUGUGAAAAACAUUUUACAACAGUUGUGA